UUGAUAGUUACAAUCCUUGUUACUUGUGUAACUUAUACAUAUUCUUAAAUGUAUGUCAGUGAAAUGUAUUAUUCAAGACUGAUUUUUAACAGAGCUGGUAAUGUAUAAGACCUAAUAUUGUUAUCAUGAUCAUGCAGAUUUUGCUUUGAACGUUCGAAUUUGACGUCUACCGGCCCGCACGGCACACUUGACUAAGUUGACUUUAGUAUGUCCGAGUCACCCAAGAAGAGAGGCAGAAUGGCUUCUUCGCUCGACCAAUUAAAGGAAUUUACCACCGUUGUGGCGGACACAGGAGAUUUUGAGGCUAUGCGGAAGUAUAAGCCCACUGAUGCCACUACCAACCCUUCUUUGAUCCUGCAAGCUGCAUCCAUGCCACAGUAUGAUGCACUCAUUGAAGAGUCUGUAGAGUAUGGCAAAGAGAAUGGCAGCUCUUCCAAGGCUAAGCUGAGCGCUGCUAUGGACAAGCUAUUUGUCCUGUUUGGAUGCGAAAUCCUGAAGAUCGUUCCUGGUCGUGUGAGCAUUGAAGUGGAUGCGCGCCUCAGCUUUGACAAGGAAGCCAGCAUUGCCAAGGCUCUAAACUUCAUAGAGCUUUUCAAGGAGGCUGGUGUUGACAAGGACCGCAUCCUCAUCAAACUAGCAUCGACGUGGGAGGGCAUCCAGGCUGCCAAGGAGCUAGAGUCUGAGCACGGCGUUCAUUGCAACUUAACGCUGUUGUUCAGCUUUGCUCAAGCAGUGGCUUGUGCUGAGGCUGGCGUGACUCUCAUCUCGCCUUUUGUUGGCAGGAUCUUGGACUGGUACGUCGCCAACACCGACACUAAGUCGUAUGCUGCUCCUGAAGACCCUGGAGUGGUGAGCGUAACUCGUAUCUACAACUACUACAAGAAGUUCUCAUACCCAACUGUAGUGAUGGGUGCCUCUUUCAGGAACGUCGGUGAGAUCCGGGAGCUGUGCGGCUGCGACCUUCUCACGAUCAGCCCCAAGCUGCUGGCCGAGCUUCAGGACUCCACUGACCCCACGCCCCGCAAGCUCUGCCCUAAAGCCGCGACCGAGUGUGAGCUUUCGAAAGUGUCGUUGUCGGAAGCGGAAUUUCGAUGGCAGCUCAACGAGGACCAGAUGGCUACUGAAAAACUCGCGGAAGGCAUCCGUAAAUUUGCCAUAGACGCCGUAAAGUUGGAAAAGCUUCUGAAAGCGAGGAUGUAAGGUACCUAGAGGUAUCUUUCACAACCUCUUCCUGGACAUAGCAUUUGUCACAACUACAUUUAUUUUAUUGUCUUUCAUUUUUAUUUAUUUUGCUAUGAAUCGAAAGUUCCUUUUACUAUGGAGUAAUUAAGUAUCGCAUCUUACAUUCCGUAUGUAUUCUAUUCCUUAAGAUUGAUCUAUUUUGCUAGUAGAAACAAUAUUUUGUCGCAUUAGACAUUGUUGAGAAUAAAAAAGGAUUUACAUUGAA